UUAUGCUAUAGAAUAUUCCCAUUCUCGCUUCCAAACACGCAGUUAAAUAAUAUUAUGUCUACAUGACAUAAGGUUGUAAAGAUGGACUUUGUUAAAGAGGAGAGUGAGUCCACUGCUGAUCAAGAACCCUGCAGAAUGAGAACUGUAGAUACAGACCUGUUGGAAGUCAAUGAAGUGGAGGACAAACCCAAUCAUCUCCUAACUGUUGAAAAGUCUUUCGCUUUCUCUGAGACUGAAACGAAUUUCUCACAAAAAUGUGAUAAACAAAAAAGACCUAGAAAGUGUUUCACAUGCCCUGAGUGUGAAAAAAUGUUCACACGUAAAGGAGACCUUAAUAGGCAUCUACGAAUUCACACCGGAGAGAAGCCGUUCACGUGCCAUCAGUGUGGAAAGAGUUUCACAUUGGCUGACAGUCUCAAAAAGCACGAGCGCUCUCACUCCGGAGAAAGGUCAUUUGACUGCGACCAGUGUGGAAAAACGUUUAUUUUGCCUUCGCACUUAAAAAGACACCUUAUAAUUCAUGCAAAUCUGAAGCCUUACUUGUGUUCUUCAUGUGGAAAAAGUUUUUCACAGCUGGACUGUUUGAAAAAGCACCAGAAAACACACAGCGGUGUGAGAGCUCACAUGUGCUUCGAGUGCGGGAAUACUUUUAUAACAGCCGACACCUUGAAACGACACCAAAGAAUUCAUACUGGAGAAAAACCCUACAUGUGCUCGCACUGUGGAAAGACUUUCACUCAAUCCGGACACCUGAAACAACACGAGAGGGUGCAUUCGGGAGAGAAACCAUACUACUGCUCUUUUUGUGGGCGGAGCUUCAGUACAUCGAGGAAUCUACCGGCUCAUAUUAAAAAACAUUUUCCAGAUAUGUCACACUUUAAAGAUGCAGAUCAUGUAAAUAACUACAAACUCCGAGGCAGGCUUUCAGGGCAUCAGGGCCUGUUGAAACUAAAUGAAGCGGAGGAGAAAAAACACAAUUUCACAACUGGAGAAAAACCUUUCAGUUGCUCACAGACUGAAAAACAUUCUUUCACCUGCCCUCAAUGUGGAAAGAGUUUCAAACAAAAAGGGCUCUUACUAAACACAUGA